AUGAGCAACGUAAACGACACAACACUCGAGUACGAGUCUGCCCCGCUCCCGCCCUCGGGCCUCCCGACCGAGAAGGACGAGAAGACGUCCAUCCACGCCGGCGCCGAGGUGACCUCGCCCGCGGACGACGGCGAGGAGUACCCUACCACCGAGGAGCUCUCGACGCUCAAGAAGAUCCCCGCGCCGCUGGCGUUCGCGGCCUUCUGCCUGUGUUUCGUCGAGCUCGCCGAGCGCGCGUCGUACUUUGGCUCCUCGCAGAUCUUCGCCAACUUCGUCAACAACCCUCUCCCGGAGGGCGGUAACGGCGCCGGCGCCGUCGCCAAGGGCGCGAAGGGCAAGGACCAGUCGGCGGGCGCGCUGGGCAUGGGCAGCGUGUCCGCCUCGGCCGUGUCGUCGACGUUCACGUUCCUCGCGUACGUCACGCCCAUCCUCGGCGGUAUCGUCUCGGACGCGUACUGGGGCCGCUACAAGACCAUCUGCGUCGGCGUCGCUGUCGGCGCUAUCGCCCACGUGCUCCUCGUCAUUCCCGGUAUUCCGUCGGUCAUUAGCGGCGGGCACGCGUUCGUGCCCUUCAUCAUCGCUGUGCUUAUCCUGUCGUUCGCGUCGGGCUUCAUCAAGGCCUCGCUUGGCCCCAUGCUCUGCGACCAGAGCCCCGUGAAGAAGCCCGUCAUCCGGCUCACUCAGACCGGCGAGCGCGUCAUCCUCGACCCGCAGACGACGGUCACGCGCUACCUGCUCAUCUUCUACUGGGCGAUCAACAUCGGAUCCUUCUUCGCCAUCGCGACCUCCUACUCCGAGCGCCUGGUCGGCUUCUGGCUCGCCUUCCUCCUCCCCGGCAUCAUCUACAUGCUGUGCCCGAUCGUCCUCGCCGUGCUCUACGGCAAGACGUACAAGGCACCCGCGCAGGGCUCGGUCGUCGUCGAGGCGUUCAGGGUGUUCAAGACGCUGUUCGCCAACUCGAGCUGGAAGCAGAUCUUCCGCGGCGGCGACGCGUUCUGGAACAACGCCAAGCCGAGCCACAUGGCCGCUGGCGGCCAGGAGCUCUCGCCCGAGGUGUUCUGGGACGACCUGUUCGUCGAGGAGCUGCGCGCGUCGUGCUCUGCCAGCGUCGUGUUCUUCCUCACGCCCAUCUUCAUCCUUGCCGACGGCGCUAUUGGAAACCAGUACAACGACAUGAGUGUGGCCAUGAAGCUCGGCGGCAUCCCCAACGACAUUAUGAACAACUUCAACUCCCUCGCCAUCAUUGUCGCGACACCCAUCCUCACGUGGGGCGUGUACCCCUUCUUUGAGCGCAUCGGCCUGCCCCUCAAGCCCAUGACGCGCCUGUCCAUCGGCUUCAUCCUCGGCAUGCUGACCAUGAUCUUCUCCGCCAUCAUCCAGUGGCGCAUCUACGUCACCUCGCCUUGCGGAUGGAGCGCGACCACCUGCGACGACGUCUCGCCCGUCUCGAUCGCGUGGAUGAUCCCUCUUUACGCCGUCCCGGCCGUCGGCGAGCUCUUCGUCAUGGUCACGGGCUACGAGCUCGCCUACACCCGCGCACCGGCACGCAUGAAGGGCCUCGUGUACGCCAUCUGCCUCUUCUCGUCGGCCAUCUCGGCCGCCAUCUCCCUCGCGUGCUCGGCCGCCAUCACCGACCCCAACCUCAUCUGGCCCUACAUCCCUGUCGCGGCGCUGUGUCUCGUCUGCGCCAUCAUCUUCCCCGUCUACUUCAAGCACCUCAACGAGCCGAUGGAGAACUUUGCGGAUGUCGACCGCCAGCAGGGCAAGCACCAGCCCAACUACAUCGCAGAGAAGAAGGUCGCCGACGACGAGGAGGCGUACUAGUGGUUUUAUAGCUUUUCGUAAUGGUACCAGGACAGCAUGUAUGAGUAUGCGCCUGGCAUGGGGUGCGG